AUGGAUUACGCGGAGCUGAAGAAGGAAGCGAUGCAAGAACCCAUGUCAGAUUUGGAGAAAGGGCGAGAGUCGAAGGAGUACCACAACAAGAAAUAUUUCGAAGAAGUGAAGCUGGUCGAGGUAGAAAUAAAAGAACUCGACAUACUCCUCCACGAUUUAAAACUGCUCACGAUGAAGUUGGACUUGAAGUCCACGACCAACAACGAAACAAUCAACAACAAAAUUAUCACGAUUCUUCAAAAGGCGAAGACCGUCAAGACGACACUGGAAUGGCUGUAUAAAGCCAACCCUGACCAAGUGUCCAUAACCGGUGGGUUGAGAGCCAGGUUGAGGAGGGUUGUGAAGGAUUUGUGGUCACUCAAAGAUCAAGGAUUCGAUCCCGCGAAGGGUGAAGAAAGGACGAAGGAGCUGGAAGAGCUGUUCGUGGAGAUGGCGGUUUGGGUAGAAUUGAAUGGGGAGGAUGAUGAGGAAAUCCGCAGCAUUGAAGGAGAAGACUGUGUGGGGAGAACCGAAGGGAGCUUCUGUGGAGAUGGUGUUGGGCUUUACUUAGCUGAGCGAAUGAAGAAGCAGAGGAAGAAUUGGAAGUGUUGGGUUGGGCUUUUGUUGUUGCUGGUUUUAGUUAGCCUACUUGCAAUCCUGGCCCAAUAA